GCCUGGGCUCACGUAUGAAGAAUUGCUGCUGCAGUAGAAUUAGGUAAAGAUGUCACUGCCCAUGGAGACACAGACAAGCACGGAUCACCGCCCCAUGUGAGCUUGCUGAUACUGGGAACAGACUCAGGACAUGGCUGAACAAGUUUUGGGAUUCUUCGUACUCUAUAGCCUCCUCGUGAUAGCUCUUCUUUCCAAGACCAGCCUCACUAUGCACGGAUUUUCGAAGAAGCAUGCUCGACCAGCACCAACAGAGGGGAAGGACAACAUCACCAUCUUCACCAGGAUCCUGGACCGUCUGUUGGAUGGGUACGACAAUAGGCUGCGGCCUGGUCUCGGAGAAAGCGUGACGGAAGUUAAAACAGACAUCUACGUUACUAGUUUCGGACCAGUGUCUGACACAGAUAUGCUGCAGCUCAGGCCUGCCUCGAGCCCCAAGAAAUGGAAGUUCAGAGUGGCAAACAGUGAAUCAGCUGGGCAGCCAACAGCAACACUCGGGAGAACAACAGCCCAUUGCUGCAAAAAGCUGGAGGGUUAG